CUGCGGCGUCCUGCUUGAAGCGUGGCGAUCCAGGAUCCAGCGGGAGGAGGCCUCUAUGUCCGUCUGAUGCUGUACAAAACCUCGCCUUGCCCCACUCGUCAAUGCAUCAAGUGUACGCCUGAGCGAAUUCUACCCCUCCAAAGCCCGAGGAACCUUGCCUCUUCUCACCACCACAUUCCUUUCACCACCCACUAACGCCAUGGUGUCUGUCUGUACCACCUGCAAAGGCUUGCAGAAGCACCUCCAGGCCCUCGGCUCGGGCAUCCAGGAGACAAACUCUGCGUCGCUGCGAUGGUUGAGCACGACGCUGCCAAGUUUGCGCUGCUCAACUAACGAAGGCUGCCGCGCAUGCGCUACGCUGCUCCAGGGCAUUCUAUUGCAUCACGAUCGAUUCGUUGGUGUCAAGGAGGAGCGCAUUAGGAUAUCUGCCGAAUCCUUCCACCAGUCUGGCAGCACUCCUUCAAGGCAAGAUACCCAAGACCAUCUUUCAGUUGAGGUGCGAUGGAAAGAGCCUGGGGAUGACUGCUACGAUGGGGACGAACAUGGGCACGAUCAGGUGUACCCAGACCUGAAGCUUGAAUUUUUCACAGACGGAGACGGCCAGUCGCCAUUCUCUGCCAUUGGGCGUGGGCGCCAAAUCUCAGAGAAUCCACUGCAAGACUCUGGACUGUCAAUGGCCCGAAGCAUGAUAAACGAAUGUCUGUCGCGCCACUCCAGGUGCCGCCGCACGAAGCCUACUACAUUACCUAAAAGGGUGCUGGACGUCUUACUCGAGGACGGUUCAAAAGGCAUUAGACUACAUGAAUCCGACUUCGACUACGACGAGCAGCGCUAUGAGUUUGGAGAGUUCCUCACCCUAUCGCACUGUUGGGGCGCUGGUAGAAGCGUCCUGAAGACGACUAGUAAGACCUUGCAAACCCACAAAAAGAACAUUCCUUGGUCAACAUUGCCGAGGACUUUCCAAGAUGCGGUUGUGCUCACGCGCGCUCUUGGUUUUCGGUGGCUGUGGAUAGACUCGCUUUGCAUUGUUCAAGAUGACAGCUCAGAAAAACUGCGGGCGUCCACCCACAUGGACGACAUCUUCACCAACUCGUUCCUUACUAUUGCUGCGACUUCUGCCGCCGAAAGUACCGACGGAUUGUUCCUACCCAAGGCACGACCGUUCAAGAUCCAAGCUACGGACUCCAAAGGAUCGCUGUAUAGGAUCUACGUCCGUGAGCAGCCUCCACACUACAGCUUCAAGGCACCUUUUAACGAGGGCGCCCAUAUGAACGACUGGGAACUUCCAUUCAACCCUUCGGAAGAAGCGAACCUACAGACGCCACUCUUGAAGCGAGCCUGGGCUUACGCGGAGCGCUUGAUAUCCCCUCGGGUUCUCCACUUUACUAAGAGCGAAAUGAUAUUAGAAUGUAGAGAGGGAUACCAGUGCGAGUGCGGCAGGAUUGGCGACUCCGUCUUCGAUUCCCGGACGACAGAUUCAGUCAAGCAAGAAUAUGCCAGGAUCAUAUCCGAAAACGAAGUUCGUGGAGACCACGCGAAUGGCAACAAUAACCGAAUUGACAGUGUUGCCUCUCAACUUGCCGCAACGUCUCUCACCGACGCGGAUAAGGGAAUAUCUAAAAGGCGCGAAGAAGCAAUUCAACUCUGGAGCUACAUUGUGACCGAAUACACCGCGAGGAACCUUACAUAUGAUGCGGAUAGGCUCGUUGCCAUCAUUGGUAUUGCUAAGACGCUGGCUGGUAUUCUGCAAUCAGGAUACAUAGCCGGACAAUGGACCUUCAGCACUCUUGGCCUACUGUGGCAUCCAAACGAUAGUGCUCUAUGUCGUAGGCCAAAUAACGUAUCGCAGAACAUUCCAAGCUGGUCUUGGGCUUCGCUUGAGGGGUCUCCAAUCUUCUUUGAUAACUUAAUGGCGAUGGAUUUGGCAUGCACAGCAUCAUUCCCUUCAGAACGGGGACGGUCACCCGCAUGGUCACCAACCACAGGAGAUGCUCUUGAACUAACGGCCGCUAUGGCGACUGAAGUCACCUUUCGUGUUGACGGUCCGAGCGAGUACUCAUUAGUUAAAGACGGGAUCAGCGUGGAUUUUAGGCCUGACAUAUCCCCUCCGCGAGGCGAAGACUCCCUUGAAUCAGGCGAAACACUCAUUUGCGUUUUGGUCAGCAUGACAUUCCGCUCAUCAAUCAUCGGCCUGGUUCUCAAACAGUCAGUGUCGAGUGCACAAACAUAUCGGCGAGUUGGCCGCUUCGAGUGUUACGAGUGUCAACGAGACGGUACCGAUGAAGAACCAAACGAUGCAGAGUCACUUUUCGGACACUGGUUCCCCGAAAUCGAGGAUAUGACACAACUCGAUGACGGUCCUCAGAGAACCUUCAUCGUAGUUUGACCUUAUCUUCUCCACUCGCGCUUGCAUCUACCCCUGUUCACCUUUGGUCUUGGUGUCUUCCAAUGGCUUGGAUAAACACCAGUCCCAACCAAUCUCCCACCCUGGAUAUUCUGUUAUAUUUGCCGGUCUGAGUUCUUGGGUCUUGUUUGUAGUGGGCGGAUUGUAGAACUAUCACGAUACCAAAAUGCUUUCGUGCGUAGCUCACGGCUAUGCACCUUCAUUUGUUUUAAGUCUUCACGAUACCAUAUGCUAGGGGGAUUUUUUCUUCUUUGCCGAUGUUGUAUGGUUUAGGAGCCACUUUUCCCAUUGUUUCGUUCGAUGUCCAAUACCCCUCAGCUUUCUCAUCUACCUCCAGCGGAUUCUCGAUAUCUGUCGAUGUUGGAUACGAAUCAAAUGUCACAAAUAUUCCCAAUUUUCAA